AUGAAAUUGUUCUUCCUCCCAGUACAGCAUCAGACCUCCCUUACAGCUGCUGGAUGUUACCUUUGUCCAGCUCCUCGGUCUAGGGGAACCAAAAUCCUUGUUUGUUGUUCUGUUGAUUGUCCUCUGCCUUUGAAAAUGGAAUUGAUUUACAUGCUUUCUAGUGGAGAACAAAAGCAGUAUUUCCCAAGUGAGUUGGAGCAAAUUAUAGCUGACGGAAAAUCAUAUUCAAGUCAUCUUGUUCCAGAUGCAUCAGAUGUGCAUUUUUUGGAUGCGACAUCUGAAUCAGUACUAACUGAAGCCAAAAGGCUCAACAUUAUCAGUGAGUCAACCUAUAGGGACAUCCUUUUACUGCAGAGGGAUGAAAUCAAACAUUUCAAGCUUAAAGCUGAAGAUACGGUUGACUACAAGCCAAAAAAGGAGGUUGAAUCUACCAGUGCAUCCGCAAGUGAACUACUUCAGCCUGGAAAAGUAAGUUAUUUCAUGAACAGGUUCUGGAUCACAUGGAAACUGAGCAACCAUGUUUCUGUCAACGAAGUCACAGAUUUGGGAGUGGAAAGUCAGCAAUGCCAUUGCUGUUCUUGUGGAAUUGGUCAUGAGAAGGUUGCUGAGGUGCGGCGCAUGAUGGAAUCUGAUUGGCUCUAUCUUGCAAAGUUGUCAAAGUGCCCAAGUUUGGACCAUUUCCAACAGCAAAAAGUUCUUUUAGCUACUAAAACGGAGCAAAUAACAGAGAAGAAAAGCCUGCAUUUGGAAAAUCUGGGGCCAUCUGCGCAAAAGGCUCUUGAAAUGUUGAAGUCUAUACCCGUUGCUGCUAGAAGAAGCCUCCCAGUCCUAGUCAAUCGUCAAGGACUCUCCAUCAUUGGGAACCAAUAUUGGCAACACAACAACAGUUGCCGGCAGUUGAAAGAUCUGAAAAAAUGCCCUACUAAAACUGGGGCAUAG